AUGAAGAAAUUGCUUGAAAAAGGAGCAGAUGUAAAUCAAAUAAAUAAAGUAAACAAAAACGCUUUGCAUUUUGCAGUUGAAAAUGAUGCAUACGAAGCUUGCGUUUUGCUCCUUGAUAUAGGAGCUGAUCAGGACCAAAGGGAUGACGAGGGAUGUUUCCCUGCUCAUUACACACUCGAUAAUGAAAAUGAGAGAUUGAUGAAACUCUGCAUUGAUAAAGGUUUUCAACCUGAUUUUUGUGAUUUCACAAUGGAUGUCGAUUUCGUUCAUAAGAUCUAUGAUAAACAUGUAAGAAAACAAUACGGAGGAAGAAGAGGCAUGUGGGUUUAUGUCGGAGAUCGAAACAGUAGAAAUGAUUUUUAUUUUUAA